CAAGUGGGCUCUUGUGUGCGAUUUGUAUCUGAACAGGAUAUUUACUUUCCCAAGAUCUUUGAGAGCUGCCCAUGUGGGAAUGCAGGAACAAGGAAGUGUCGUUUUUUUUAAAAAAGCUAACCUUUGUGUUUUAAGCUGGUGUUUUCAAUGCUGAGGCACUUAUCGCAAAUCGCAUUGUGAAAUACUACAAAAGGAAUCUGAAGUGCUCCUGCUUCGAGAGGUGCUCUCAGUCGAACUUGCUGCAGGAGAGGUCAGAUUGUCCCAAAAGGAAUGUGUUAGUAACUUCAGGAAGCCUUUUCUCCCCACCUCAGUGUGAGCUUUCAAAGGUGCCAAGGUGUGAUGAGGCACACCAGCAGUGUUUGAGAAGUGGUUUCCACAGUUUUUGUAGGGUCGCUGUGCUCUCGGCUGUCUUGACUCAGCACAUGGCAGGCCCACAGAGUCACUGUAACAGAGAUGGAAAUACUCAGAGAGUCUGUUGUCCAUUUGGCUCUUCAGAUGUCGACCUACAAACGAGCUACCUUUGACGAGGAUGACCUGAUCGACUCUACUGUUGAUGAUGUGUACACCGAGAACCAUCAGGUGACCUUCAGCAAGUCGAGAAACCUGAGGGACUGCUGGACUAAUCGGAGCCACCUUGAGAAAUGUCUCCUGGUUCUCACUGCCAUCCUGGUGCUGCUGCUGUUCUCCAUCGUCCUCGCAUUCAUCUUUAAAUACGAACAUACCCCGAAGGUUUGUUUGACGGAGUCCUGUGUCAUCGUUGCCAGCAACGUCCUCAAAUCCUUGGAUCGAUCUGUUGACCCCUGCCAGAACUUCUACAAUUAUGCCUGUGGUGGCUGGAUUAAAGGUAACCCACUGCCUGAUGGAAAGUCACGGUGGGGAACCUUCAACAAACUGUGGGACCAUAACCAGGCCAUCAUGAAACAUCUCCUCGAAAACACCACGUUGACCACUACCAGUGAAGCUGAACGUAAAGCCCAGCAUUAUUUCCAGGCCUGCAUGAACAUGCAGAAAAUCGAGGAGUUACAGGGACAACCCCUUCUUGACAUCAUUAACAAGCUAGGAGGCUGGAACAUCACAAAACCAUGGGAUAAGGCCAACUUUCAGGAAGUGCUUCAGUCUGUUACAGCUCAUUACCGGACCUCCCCAUUCUUCACCGUCUACCUGAGCACAGACUCGAAGAACUCCAACUGUAACGUCAUCCAGGUGGACCAAUCAGGCCUUGGAUUACCCUCGAGAGAUUAUUAUCUCAAUGCAACAGCCAAUGACAAGAUCCUCACGGCCUACUUGACUUACAUGGUGGAGCUAGGGGAGCUCCUGGGUGGCAAGGAGACCUCCACGCGGGCACAGAUGCAGCAGGUGUUGGACUUUGAGGGUGCUCUGGCCAACAUCACUGUGCCCCAGGAAGACCGCCGAGAUGAAGAACUCAUCUACAACAAGAUGACUGUGCGAAACCUGCAGGCGUUAGCCCCUGUUAUUGAUUGGCUGCCGUUGCUUUCAGCCAUCUUCUAUCCUGUCGAACUGAAUGACUCUGAGCCUGUGGUUGUAUACGCGAAGGAAUAUCUGCAGAAGGUCUCGGACCUUAUAAACUCCACCGAUAAAUGCAUUCUCAACAACUACAUGAUAUGGAACGUGGUGAAGAAAACUGCCUACAACCUGGAUCAUCGCUUUCAGGAAGCUGAGGAGAAACUCAUCAUGGCCAUGUCGGGAACAAAAAAGGAGCCUGAAAUCACAGGAAACAGCCUCUCCUACUAUCAGAUCCUGCUGACUUUCUUAAAUGCAGGGAGGGAGUAUGACAAAGAUGGCAACCUGAGGUCAUGGUGGAAGAACUCCUCAGUGGAGGCCUUCAAACACCAGACCGAGUGCAUGAUCGAGCAAUACAAUAACUUCACCAUCAGCGGUGAGCAAGUGAAUGGCAAGCAGACGUUGGGAGAGAAUAUUGCUGACAACGGAGGUCUGAAAGCAGCCUACCAUGCCUAUGAGAACUGGGUGAAAAAGAAUGGUGAAGAACUGACUCUGCCCACCGUGGGCCUCAGCAACAGGCAGCUCUUCUUCCUUGGAUUUGCUCAGGUCUGGUGCUCAGUGCGGACCCCAGAAAGUGCCCACGAGGGGCUUGUCACGGAUCCCCACAGCCCCUCGAUGUACAGGGUGAUUGGAACUGUGGCCAACUCGGUGGAAUUCGCCAAGCACUUCAACUGCCCCGUGGGGAGCCCAAUGAACCCCGUGAGAAAGUGUGAGGUGUGGUGAGUGCGGAGAGUGGAGUGCCCAAAAUUCCUGGAGCAACAAAGCGUGAGAGACUUUGAAGUGGGGGGGAACCCCAAUCAGGACGUUACCCCGCCUCGUGAAGGAGGGAGAUUUAUUUUAUCGAAAAGCCUGCAAAUCGCACAGUGUAGAUCUUAUACUCAGUUUCCCAAACAGCGGAUGCUACUGGAACCUGAGAGACACUGCAAGUGACUAAAAAUCCAGGUGAUAUUGGACAGCGUUGUUCAAAGGGAGAAGGACAAUCAUCACCAAAAAAAAACCACAAUUGCUGAUUUGCUGCAGGACACGUUUUAAAUAACUAUUUCUGUUUAGUAAAUUGAAUAUUUAAAAUUGUAAAAGAAUGAGCCUGAGGGAUUCCCUCAGAGGUUUUGCAAUGGGUCUCUGUGUCUCUGGGGGGGGAUCCCCGACUGCACUGGCAAACGGAUCUUUUCUGCCAAAGUUGGAAGAUUCCCAGGAAAUUCCCGGUGUUAAAUUUUGAUUGCUGGUUAUCAUUUGUAGUCUUGGGUGGAGUGUACCUGCCUUGGACUAAGUAUGCUGAAAUGUAAUUUAAUCCGAGAGAGAAAUUCUGAAUGUUCCCUGCCUCAUUUGCUGCUGCUCAUUCUCAAUGCCUUCUACCCAUUGCUUUACACAGUCGUCCUCUCGUGCCCUUUGCUCCCUUCGCCUGGUGGGAAGAGGUGGAGAUGAAUGAGUGGUCAAACUCUUCACCAACCCAUGAAUCUGCCUUCCCCCCUCACUCACUGACCCCAAAGUGAACUCCUACAGGAUGGUGAGGAUAUCCUGGAGGGAGAGUGUUUCUUGGUUUUAUUUACGUCCUUGCUUUUCAGUUAGCUCCACUGACAUGUGGUGGGUUUGUUUGCAAGCUGGUGAGCAUGUAGACUCUUGCCUGGCCUAACCCUAAUCAUCUGUCCAGAGCCAUGCCCUGAGUACUCGAGGUGUUUCCUGUUUUAUCUCAGUCCAGCACGAUGGGCACUGAUUUCACAGUCAGAGUCAGUGUUUUAGGACAGAGGUGAGAAUUUUUUUCUGACAGAGGGUUGUGUGACUUUGGAACCCUCCUGCUUCAGAAGGUGGUGGAGGCAGGGUCGUUAAAUAUCUUCAAGAUGGACAUGGAUAGAGUUUUGUUAGGCAGGGAAUCGAGGGUUCAGGGAUAGGUGAGAAAGUAGAUUUUGAAACAGAGGUCAGCUGUGAAUGACAGAACAGUCUUGGGGGGCUGAAUGGCCUUCUGCUGCUCCUAUUUCAUAUAUGGAGAUGAUUGGGGUCAAAGUAGAAAUGAGGUGGAGAGGACAAAAUGGUCUAUGUCUAGUUAUGAAGAUCACUGUUCCGGAUAGCAGCAGUGAGCAGUGAAGUGUGUUUCACACAGGGAUAGGACUUGUGUCCAGUAGGCCUGCUCACUGCAACAGGAUAGGGUAAAUUAACUCACUGGCACCCAUGCAGGUGGUGGUGUUCCUAUGCACUUUCUACCAUUGUCCUUCUAGAUGAUAGAGGUCAUGGGUUUGGAAGGGGUUGGUGAGUUGCUGUUAUUCACGUAGCCUUUGAAGAAUGAGUGUGAUAUGGUCAGCCCAUGGUAGAUUAGGUUUCCACGUUGCACAUUUCUGUGGGUGGCACCAAAAGUGAAUUAUUUUAAUUCAUUCACGGGAUGAGGGUAUCACUGGCUAGGCAGCAUUUAUUGCCCAUCCCUCCUUGCCAGAGGGCAGUUGAGAGUCAGAGAUAUUAGGAACUGCAGAUGCUGGAAAACUGAGAUAACAAGGUGUAGAGCUGGAUGAACACAGCAGGCCAAGCAGCAUCAUAGGAGCAGGAAGGCUGACGUUUCGGGCCUAGACCCUCAACCACAUUGCCGUGGGUCUGGAGUCUCAUGUGGGCUAGACGAGGUAAGGAUGGCAGUUUCCCUCCCUAAAGGACAUUGAUGAACUAGAUGGGUUUUUCCAACAGUCGACACUGGAUUCAUGGUCAUCAUUAGAGCCUUAAUUCCAGAUUUUUUUUUUUAAUUGAAUUCCCAUUCCACCAUCUGCCAUGCCAGGAUUCGAACCCAGGUCCCCAGAAAAUUACCUAGAUCUCUGGAUUAACAGUCCAGUCAAAAUAUCUCUCGGUCCUCAUUAUGGAGUUGGUAAGGCCCAAUGAUAGGCUGGUGCUCCCAAGUUAUCCUGAGUUGUCCCUCUGAUUCGGAACAUUUACGUAUUGCACAUUGGAACUGUAAAUCAAUUCAUUUAAAUUCACAUUCACCUUUUGUUAUAAAUUGGGUUCUAAAGCUGAAGGCUUAUAUUUUGUUGGAAAAUAUUAGGCUUUUUUUUAAUUCAUUCAUGGGAUGAGGGCAUCUCUGGCUAGGCCAGCAGUUACUGUCUAUCACUAAUUGCCCAGAGAUCAGUGAAGAGUCAACCACAUUGCUGUGGGUCUGGAGUCACAUGUAGGCCAGACCAGGUAAGGAUAGCAGUUUCCUUCCCUAAAGGACAUUGGUAAUCCAGAUGGGAUUUUCCGACAAUCAACAGUGGAUUCACAGUCAUUAUUUGACUCUUAACUCCAGAAUUUUAUUUAAUUCAAAUUCCACCAUCUGCUAUGGCAGCAUUUGAGAUCAAGUCCCCAGAACAUUACCUGGGUCUCUGGAUUAAUAAUCCAGUGAUAAUACCACUGGGACAUCACUUCCCCAACGCUGGAUAACCACUUACAAAGAAAAGCAAAUUUAAAUGUCCCCCCCUCCUCCAACCAAUUCUUUUUCAGUCUGAGAAAAGUAGCAGCACCAACACUUUCAGAGUUCUGCUCAUUCUGAUCAACGCAUACAAGAGAAUGUCAGCUUUCUGGCACUCCACCAUGCUAUAUCCUGUCUGCUUUACUUCAUCUUCCUAGUGGUAAGUCUGCAGAGGCCUUGCUGAGAGUGGGUGAGAGUAAAUGUAUCAUCUUGGGGGAAAGAGACACACAUGAUAUGGAAGAGAUUUGAAGAUAUUGUGAAAUUGUAAUUAUUGUCAAAGGAUGUAUGUGAAUUUAACUAAAUACCACACGGCUGUAACAGGUGUAAGAAUAUAUGUAUAUGGUUGGUACAUGGGCUGAAUAUUACUUUUACUAGUUGACUCAUUUUUCUGUGAUCCAUCCUGCUGUUUUGCCUCAUUUUACUGUUUCUGCAAUUUCACUCGCGAGCGGGAAAACCUGAGUGUCCCAGUAACACUGUCACCAGGACCAUUCCUAGCUUCCAUUCAUUUGCCAGUUCUGUGGAUCUGGGCAUCUCUAUCCUUAGAUCAGCACAAUGGCGUGAUUGGACCUGACAGAAAAUAAACGUUCUUCUUUUGCUUUUGAUUGUA